UAUUUGUUCAAGAGAAGCACACAUCAAAGUUCAGUUUUGAAUUCUUCGUCCUACAAACAAAAUCAGCACAGAACUUCCCACCAGUCACAGUAAAGGAUGUGGGUCUUCACCGUCAUUUCUGUGGUGUGUAUGCUGGCCAGUCCGUCUCUGGCCGGCAUUAAAGAGCUCAGUUCCCACUUCAAUGACCCAAAUCCAAACCCUAGAGGCUUACAGCCAGGUAGUCCAGUGGAUGUCGAGGCCAUUCCUUUGGACUUCCACAAAGAAAACACUGUCACCAAUGACCUCGUUUUUGACGGCUUUGAGGAUGAAGAUUAUAUUGACUUUGAUAAGAUCCUGGCCGCAGGAAGUGAUGAUUACAUUGAGGGGGAUGAGAUCGACGAGAUAGCCACACCGGCCCCAGACAUCGAUGUCUUUGCCGAGUCGUCCGACCCGAAGAUUCGCCGAGCCAGACUCCUACGGCUCUUCCAUGGUCAUUCUCGCCUUCAGCGCCUCAACAUGGUGAACGCUCGCUUUGGCUUUAAUCUCUACAGAAGUAUCCGUAACGACGUCAACCAGACUGACAACAUCCUGCUGGCACCUGCUGGGAUCUCCAUCGCCAUGGGGAUGAUGUCUCUAGGUGCUGGAUCUGAAACUCACCAUCAGAUCUACAAAGCCUUGGGAUUCGCAGAGUUUGUCAAUGCUAGUCAUCACUACGACAACACAACAGUCCAUAAGCUGUUCAGGAAGUUGACGCACAGGCUUUUCAGGAGGAACUUUGGCUACACGCUCCGGUCUGUCAAUGACGUCUACCUUAAAAAAAACGUGUCAGUAAAAGAAACCUUCCGCACCGAAACGAAGGCCUAUUAUUUUGCCGAGCCACAGUCAGUAGACUUCAGAGAGCCAGCAUUCCUGAACAAGGCCAACCGCCGCAUUGAAAAACUAACCAAAGGGCUGAUCAAGGAACCGCUGAAGAGUAUGGAUCCAAAUAUGGUGCUGAUGCUACUUAACUACCUGUACUUCAAAGGGACGUGGGAGCAGAAAUUCCCGAAAGAAAUGACUUACUACCGAAACUUUAGAGUUAAUGACAAAACAAAUGUACGCGUGCCGAUGAUGAUGAACAAGGGGAACUACCUGGCUGCUGCCGACCAUGAGCUGGAGUGUGACAUCCUGCAGCUUCCAUACACAGGAAACAUCAGCAUGCUCAUUGCUUUGCCAAGAAAGAUCACUGGCAUGAGGACGCUGGAGCAGCAGAUUUCACCAACUGUUGUCAACAAGUGGCUCAAGAACAUGACAAACAGGACUCGUGAGGUCUCGUUACCUCGCUUCAAACUGGAGCAAAACUAUGACCUAAUGGAAAAUCUGAAGGAGAUGGGACUCACUGACAUUUUCAAGGAGAGUGGAGAUUUCAGUGGAAUGACUUCAGAAAAAGUUGCCUUGAACUGGCUGAAGCACCAGGGAACCAUCACUGUGAACGAGGAGGGAACAGAAGCUGCUGCCCUGACUCAAGUGGGGUUCAUGCCGCUCUCCUCUCAGAUUCGCUUCACAGUGGAUCAUCCGUUCCUGUUCCUGAUCUACGAGCACCGCACAGACUGCCUCGUGUUCAUUGGCCGGGUGGUAAACCCCUCACAGAACUGA